GGUGAAAUAUUUUCUGCACAAAUCGCAGGAGUCUUCUGCUGCAGGAGACACAGUGGUGGACGUGCCCCUCUUCUAGUCGUGCACGACUCUCGCCUCCGCAGUGCACUGCUGGAUAGCGCUUAGUACAGUACUGUCGGUCUGCGCGUGGACGCGGCACGCACAAGAGACCUGCCAAAGCGACGCACCUCACUUCAAAUGUCCCGAACGCCACAGACAAGCGAGCAUGGGAAAUGAGCCGCGGGGUCAUCGAUAAAAUAAUAUUGUCUCUGGAAUUAGGAUGAACAGUUUGCCUUCUCUUACUCACUUUGCAUGUUCUACUUAAUACAGUCCGUUUGUUUAUGAUACUCUCGGAAAGCAAAGCAUGAUGAGAACCUUAUCGCUGGUGGUGGUGUUUAUUGUGGUGGGGCUGGUGCAGGGCUCCAAGACGGAGCGAGCCGUGCUGCAGCCCUGCGACUCGGGCCAGUACACCCGGAGCGGAGAGUGCUGUGAGGAGUGUCCCCCUGGGGAGGGCAUGGUGCAGCCCUGCGGGGCCUCCCAGACCGUCUGCUCCCAGUGCAUGGACAGUGAGACCUACUCAGAGAACUACAGCCUCACGGAGGUGUGUCUGCCGUGCACCCAGUGCAAAGGCCUGAUGCGCAUGCAGACGCCGUGCACCGACUCCAACGACGCCAUCUGCGUCUGCAACUACGGCUACUUCUUCAACGACUUGAGCCAGCACUGCGCGCCGUGCACCGUGUGUCCGAGCGGGCAGGGCGUGCUGUCCCACUGCGAGUACAGCCACGACACGGUGUGUGAGGAGUGUAUGGACGACACCUACUCGGACCGGGACAGCUCGCUGGACCCCUGCCUGCCCUGCACCGUCUGUGACGAGGGCUUCGAGGUGGAGAUGAGUCCCUGCUCGCCGCUCCAGGACUCCGUCUGCCACAAUCCCUCCCUUCCCACCUACACCUCCCCCACCUCGGACACGCCUACCUUCCCCACCAUGCCGGACUUCAUGCCCGGCUCCAUCGGCACCACCCCAGGGGAGGAGACCACCACACCUAACCCCAGCACGCCACGCUUCCUGGGCAACCCCUUGAACGAGAACCUCAUUCCCAUCUACUGCUCCAUCCUGGCCGCCGUGGUGGUGGGCCUGGUGGUCUACAUCGUCUUCAAAAGGUGGAUCAGCUGCAAGCAGAACAAACAAGCGGCUAACAACCGCGCAGCAGCCACAGCCAAUCAGACGCCCACGCCAGAGGGGGAGAAGCUCCACAGUGACAGUGGCAUCUCUGUGGACAGCCAGAGUCUCCAGGAGCAGUUGGCUCAGGCACAGAUGCAAGGCCAGGCUGCCCAGUCUCCAGACCAGAUAGGUCAGUACCUCCUGCACCCCUGCAACCACGCUGGAGCCCCGUGGCCUACCGCAGAGAGCCCUCACCUCCCACGCACUGCUCGUACUAAAGCAUACAUUUGGAUAUUCGAUGAUACCCUAUUGUCUCCCGAGAACGUGUAGUGGAAGUGUU